AUGAUGGAAUCAGAGAGACUUCGAUGGCUUCGAAAGAAUCAGUCAAAACUUAGAGUUGGAAAAUAUCACCAUCUUAAGGAUGCCAGAACAAAUGGCCAAACUCAAGGUUCAAAUACAGGUAAGAGGUUCGUGCUACCUUCGUCAUAUGUUGGUAGUCGCAGAUACAUGGAUCAGUUGUACUUCAACGGAAUGGCCAUCUGCAGUUAUGUUGGUUUUCCUGAUCUGUUCAUCACGUUCACAUGUAAUCCGAACUGGCCUGAAUUACAACGUGUACUUGGUUCUGUAAAUCUAAAAGCGCAUGAUCGACCAGACCUCAUUUCAAGAGUCUUUAAACUAAAAUUUGAUGAAUUAUUGUCCGAUUUAACGAAAAAGAGUUUGAUGGGUAAAGUGCUUGCAUCUGAAAUACCAAACCAAGAAACUGAUGAAGACUUAUAUAACUUGGUCAAAACUCACAUGAUUCACGGUCCUUGUGGAAGUUACAAUAGGAAUUCAACAUGUAUGAAGGAAGGUAAGUGUCCAAAAUAUUUUCCUAAAGAAUUUCAAAUUGAAACAAUUGUUGACCAAGAUGAAUAUCCAGUUUAUAGAAGAAGGGAUAACGGACACACCAUUCUUAGGAAUGGAGUGGAGAUUGAUAACAGGUUUGUUGUUCCAUACAAUUCAAAGUUGUUACUGAAGUACAGAGCUCAUAUAAACAUGGAAUUGUGCAAUCAAAGUACAUCCAUUAAAUAUUUGUUCAAGUACAUCAACAAAGGAUAUGAUAGAAUAAAUGCUGCCAUUGUCAAGAAUCAAGAUGGAACAACAAAUGAAUAUCAGAAUAUUGAUGAGAUCAAACAAUACAUCAACUGUAGGUACGUUUCACCGGGUGAGGCUGCUUGGAGAAUAUAUGCAUUCCCAAUUCACGGGAGAAAACCAGUGGUAGAAAGACUUCAUUUUCACUGCGAAGGUGAAAAUUCAGUUUUCUACACUGAUAAUGAUCGUAUUACAGCAGUUCUUGAAAAACCAAGUGUAACUCAGUCUAUGUUUACAUCAUGGUUUGAGGCAAAUCAAAAGUAUGAAGAAGCACAACAACUAACAUACAACAAUUUUGUUUCAAAGUUUUUAUAUGAUAAAAAGAAACGACAGUGGAAACCCCGUCAAAGGGGUUAUACUAUUGGCAGGCUAAUAUGGGUUCCUCCAACAACCGGGGAAUUGUAUUAUCUUAGGAUGAUGCUAACACAUGUUAGAGGUCCGCGUAGUUAUGACGAAAUAAAUAUUGUUAAAAAUGUCAAGUACAACACAUUCCGAGAUGCGUGUUUUGCUAUAGGAUUCAUUGGCGAUGAUCGAGAGUUUAUAUCUGCUACUAAAGAGGCUUAUCAUUGGGGUUCUGGAAAUUAUUUGAGGUUACUAUUUGUUCAUAUGUUACUGUCAAGUAGCAUUACCAGGCCAAGCCAUGUUUGGCGUAAGACACGACAUCUUUUGGCUGAUGGCAUUGUUUAUUCUCAACAAAUUAUUGCAAAUAACAGAGGUUUACAGUUAUCAGAACAUGAAAUAAUGAAUUUGACAUUGAUUGAAAUUGAGAAACUCCUUCAAAGAAUCUGGAAGAGUUUAAGUGACAUUCCUGGAAUGCCUAAACCUCAAGGUUUUGUCCUUGAGGAGCUGGGAAACAAGCUUAUUUACGAAAAGAGAAACUACAGUCAAGCUGAGCAGCUUCAAGAAUUCAACAUGCUAUAUCAAAAACUCACAGGUGAGCAGAGAGAUGUGUUCAAUCAGGUCAUGCAAGCGGUAAACGAUCAGAACGGAGGCGUGUUUUUUUGUAUGGAUACGGCGGCACAGGAAAAACGUGGUUGGACGGCACAUUCCAAAUUCAAGAUUCCAAUACCUACUCUCGAGUCUUCCACGUGCGAUAUUAGCAAAGGAAGUGACCACGGUGAUCUAUUAAAAUUAUCAAAGUUGAUAAUUUGGGAUGAGGCUCCAAUGGCUCACAGGUUUUGUUUUGAAGCAUUGGAUAAAACCCUCAAAGACAUCAUGGAGUUUUCGAAGUGGAUAUUGAAACUCGGGGAUGGAAAAUUAGCGGAACCUAAUGAUGGUUAUGCAGAGAUUGAUAUUCCUCUCGAACUGUUGAUAUCAGACUUUGCUGAUCCACUUGAAGCAAUUUUUCAGAAUACAUAUCCAAAUUUUGCACUUAAUUACAACAAUGAAGAAUUUUUGCAAUCAAGAGCAAUAUUGGCUGGAACUAUUGAGACAAUUGAUCAAAUAAACCAGUAUGUAUUAGAACUUCUUCCAGGUGAGCAAAAAGAAUAUUUAUCAUCUGACUCAGUGGAUACAAGUGAUGGAGACGACAAUGAAUGUUUCAAUGUAUUAACUCCUGAGUUUAUAAAUACACUUAGAUGUUCAGGCAUUCCCAAUCACAAGGUUACAUUGAAGAUUGGUACUCCAAUUAUGCUUCUUAGAAAUAUUGAUCAAUCAGAAGGUCUGUGCAAUGGAACACGACUAAUUGUUACAAGACUGGAAGGCCAUGUUAUCGAAGCGAAAAUUAUUUCAGGGAAAAACAAUGGUGGUGUUGUAUAUAUUGUAAGAAUGGACAUUACUCCUACUCAAUCUCCAUGGCCCUUUAAGAUGAAUAGAAGGCAAUUUCCUAUAACGGUGUGUUAUGCUAUGAUGAUUAACAAGUCUCAAGGCCAGUCAUUGGAAUAUGUCGGUAUAUAUUUGCCAAGGAGUGUCUUUAGUCACGGUCAAUUAUAUGUGGCUGUUUCAAGGGUAAAGAGCAAAAAAGGGCUAAAGAUAUUAAUUCACGACAAAGAGAACAAACCGUUGUCGACUACAACAAAUGUUGUUUUCAAAGAAGUUUUUGAAAACUUAUAA